GCAACCUGAGAAAUUCCCUCCGAGUCCUGCCGCUUCGUUGAUCACAGCCAAUCAGCCAUGCGCGUUGUCAUUCGUUUACUCUACGUCGAGGAGGGAGCAUGGAGUAACUUGUUUGUCUUUGAGAGGACUUUCCAGUUUGUUGUGGCAAUGGGAAUAUUUUUAACAAUUGGACAGUGACAGUCUUGUAACUGAGUGCGGCUAAAGCUGAGUGAGGGAUUUUCUCAGCAUUGUGAUAUAAAGUGUAUGAACUGUAUCUGAAGACAACAUGGACCCGAUAACUAAGUGGUCGCCAAAACAAGUUGUUGAUUGGAUGAAAGGCCUGGACGACAGCCUGCAGCAGUACGUGCAGAACAUUGAGCGAGAGAAGAUCGAUGGGGAACAGCUGCUGAAGAUCUCGCACCAGGACCUGGAGGAGCUGGGCGUGGUCAAAAUCGGACACCAAGAGCUGGUGCUGGAAGCAGUCGACCUGCUGUGUGCUCUGAACUACGGGCUCGAGACGAACACCCUCAGGUCCCUGGUGACGCAGAUGCGGGCCGCCGCCAAAGGCCUGCAGGCGUACACCCUGGACCGCCGGAAGAGCCCCUCGUACGACGGCACCACCUCGCGAAAGCCCCCCAACCACUUCCUCACCUCUGUGGUAGGGCUCAUCGGGACUGCGAAGAACCUACUGGCCUGGCUAGACAGGACCCCCCUGACCGGGAUUAGUGACUUCACCACCACCAAGAACAAAAUCAUUCAGCUGUGCCUGGAACUCACCACCACGGUCCAGCAGGACUGCACUGUUUACCAGAUGGAGGAAAAGAUCUUGGAAGUGUCAAAGGUCCUGAACAGCAUCUGCGAUCAGACAAUAAGGACCACAUCGGACCCCCUGAAGAGCCAUUCAGCUUGUUUGGAGGAGGUCCGGAUCUCCAACAUCAGACCAGCAGAGGGACUGGGCAUGUACAUUAAAUCCACCUACGAUGGGCUGCACAUCAUCACAGGCACAACAGAGCAUUCUCCAGCUGACAGAACAUGCAAAGUACAUGCAGGGGACGAGGUGAUACAGGUCAACCACCAGACAGUGGUGGGCUGGCAGCUGAAAAAUCUGGUCGCAAAGCUGAGGGAGGACCCAGCAGGUGUGGUCCUGGUGCUGAAGAAGAGGCCCACGGCUACCUCGGGCUUCACCCCCGCCCCCCUCAAGAACAUGCGCUGGAAGCCCCCCAUCGUCCAGAACAUACCAUCUAUGACUAAGGUCCAGCCUCAGCAAAGCGCUGGGGUCACCUCUGUCAAGAAGGAGAAGCUGGCCAUCUUGGACCUGUACAUCCCUCCUCCCCCGUCAGUCCCCUAUGCCCCACGAGAUGUGAAGACCAGCACGUGUGCUAGCAGCAGCACGAGGCAGAAGGGAUCGGAGUCGCCCAACUCCUUCUUGGACAAAGAGAAGCGGCGGCGCUUCAGCCUCACGGACUAUAGCAAGCCCGGCAUCAGCCCCAUGGAGGCCAGCGGCCCCAAGCCCCAGCUAAGAGAACGCACCCACUCACGCGGCAAACCCCGGCCACUGUCAAUGCCAGCAGACACCUGUAUUGCAGCAGUCGACCCUUUCUCCAGGCCCUGGCCACAAAGCCGAAGAGGGAUGGAUCUGUAUCGAUAUCUGAGCAACGAGCGAAUCACCACCAUUGCUGAGGAAUCGGCACCCGCCCCGGUCCGCUUGCGGCCCACCCCGGAGAGGCAGCUGCUCCAUGGAGUGGACCACAUUCGUGGCAGCCGCCUCUUUGUCAACACGGACAUGCACAACGUCAGUACCAUCCCUUACCAAGAGGAGUCUACCAAGAAGGCCCCCGCCCACUCGCCCUCCACCACUAAGUCGCCCUCGCUACUGGUGUCAGAAUGGCCCCCCAGGUACAUGCCCAGCAGGAGAUACAGCUACCCUGCAGUCAGACCCUGGUCUUUCUCUCAAGCGGCCGCUUUCCCUCUCUCAGUGGUGCCCCCUAUGGCGGCUGAUGGCUAUAACCCAGUGUCCUUGCGACAGAAGCCCAGGAAGAAGACUCGAGGAAACUCUACAAUGAGCCGGAGGAGGAUCUCGGUGAAGGAGCUGGGUGAGGCCGACCACCAGGGCUGGCUCUACAGGAAGCGAGAAGACAAGGGCUUCCUGGGGAUCAAGUGGAAGAAGUACUGGUUUGUGCUGAAGAAGUCCUCGCUCUACUGGUAUGCCAGCGCGACGGCUGACAAGGCUGAAGGGUACAUAAACUUAAAAGAUUUCCUGAUUGACCAGGCAAUGGAGUGCAAGAAAAAGUAUGCGAUUAGGGCUUGCCACCCUGAGGUCAUGAUGUUUUACUUCGCAGCAGAGAGCAACGAGGAGAUGAACAAGUGGUUGAAUAAGCUUGGGCUGGCUGCUAUUCUGUAUGACUCAAACGAGAACUCAGGUGAGUGUUACAGUGAAGGGAGUGACCAUGAAGAAGAGGACUCAUCAGAGGUACCCCCUCCCCCGUAUUCAGAGCAGAUGAACACAGAUUCUGGGAACGAAACACAGGGCAGCCUUCCCCCACCUUAUUCCUCUGCCCCUCCCAGCGAGGCCACUGACUCCACCUCCUCACCUGUCAGCACUAUGACAUCACAGAGCUCCGCCUCCUCACUGACUGAGCAGUCCCGGCCUGACUCCAUCUCGCGGUCCUCGGCUUUGGUGUGUUCUGCGCAGGUCCACCUGUCCCUGCCCGAUGAAGAUGAGAGGACUGGUGGGGAGUCCCAAACCCCCCAGGACACCCCCCUCUCGUUGGAUAACUGUACAGAGCAAAACGCGGAGCAGGAGGAAUCAGCUUUGUCGGGACCUGGAGAAGGAGCUGCUUCUGAUGAAAUGGAACAGUUAUACAAUGGCCUGAGAGCAGCCAGCUUGUCACCCAUUGGUCAACGCAAGCCUUCCACUAAGAGGGACUUCAGGAAGUCUUUUAUCAAGCGCUGCAAAAAUAAGAACAUCAAUGAAAAGCUCCACCUCCUUCGGACACUGAACAGCACUCUCAAGGCAAGAGAAUCUGACCUGUUGACAAUCGAACAGUUGCUGAGUGACCGCUGUCUGACCUCAGAAAAAUACAGGGAAUGGAAAGAGGCCAAUGUGCAGCUGCUUCAGGACAUUUUUCAGCGACACCACCUUGUGGGGGAGGGGGAAAAUAAGGGGCAACCCGCAGAGGUGGCCAAAGCUAGCCCUUUCUCAGAGACCAGUGUGUGAGUGCCCUAGCCAAAAACACAAAGCAGAGCACCAGAGGAACCCAACACCAUGCACACUGUUUCUAAAGAAUGUACUAUUUAAUAUACAGUGUGAUUGCCUUGCUAGGACUUGCAAGACUUAAUCAUGGACAUGUUUGAAGCUUAAGGGCUUCGGUUCAACCCCAAACAAGGAGGCUGGAAGACAAGUUCAUUCCUCUCUUCUGUUUAGGGCACUUUUGUUCCAACUUCACCUGCAUGUGUUUUAUGUUCAUGUUGUGCCUUGAAAUGAGUUUGGUCCCCCAGUGAACUUCAUUUAAUCAAUAGAUAUUCAACACCCACAACUGAAAACACUUUGCAGAUAAAUGCUUUAAUAGGCUAUUUGUUCUGUUGGGUUGUACUUUGUUGUCCAUCAAAUAUCACAAGAUUUCACUACAGUGUGAAAGGAAAGCUAAUAAGGUACAACUGUAAAACAAUUAAACUUGACCUUAAUAAGGCAGGCUUUGGUUUAAGGGAUUACAAGUGUUCUAUUAUUGGUCAAUCCGUUAGCAUAUAUAAUUUUAAUAUUGUAAAUUAAUUUGAAUUGCUGUAAACGAUGACACAGAACAUGCACUUCCUGUAUUUUUGUUGUUUUGUAAAAAAAUAAUUGCAUUAGUAAAUACUGUGCAAAACUGAAAUGGUUUGUAACCAGAGUACAAUAAAAAAAAGUAUAUUGGUG